UUGAGUAGUUUUUUAGCUGAGGAACAUUACUUACGUUGGUCUUACACUUCGAUUCUCGUUUCAGACAUUCGUCAGCAGUUCGGCGACCAGCUGAAAUGCCUGGAAGGAAGGAACGAAGCGAGUUGCUCGGUGCUGCUCGAGCUGCAGGAUUUCUUCCGGCGUCGAGCAGAGAUCGAAACCGAGUACGCGAAGAACCUCGAGAAGCUUAACCGUUUGUUUCUGGUUCGACACAAGAUGGAGAAAGUGAAGUACGUUUCAACACGGGAGUCAUGGCCCCUGUUCUCGACCUACAACCUCUGGAAGAUACUGCUAAACGAGACGAAGACCGAAUCGAAAAACCGAUUCGUCUGCGCCGACCUGUACGCGAAUCACCUUGCCCCGAAGCUGUCCAACCAGGUGGAAGAAAUGCAGCGGAUUACGAAAAGGGUAGGUUUUUGUUUCCAGUGAUU